AAUAUAAUUAUGUUCACUAAUUUCAAUAUUGACUUUAAAUUUCGUGCUAAAACAAAAUUAGUUUUCCUUUAAAUACCCGUCGUUCAAUUCAACCCGAUGUCAGUUAAGGACAUGGAGUACCCAAAAUCGCAGCUGUCGCCGCCAUUGAAGAAGAUCCAAUCGACAAGCUUUUUGAACUGCUGCUUUGGUGGCGCGGUGGCGGAGGAGGAGCCGCCGAUGGUGGCGGCCUCGUUGCUCCGAUCUUCAUCGUCGUGGAUCCGAGCGAAAGUCGGCGAGCUUCCCGAUAUCAGAGAGUGGUAUAUAGGGAUGUUGGCUGGGAAGGGUGAAUCGUCGCGUCAGGGAUGUGGAGAGUUCAGGUACGAUGCGGUUAGUUAUGCUCUGAACUUUGAUGAAGGCGGUGAGGAUGAUGACGGAGCAGGGGCUGAGGAGACUCGGUACGGGAGAUUUUCCGCUCGCCUCCCGGCGUCACCGCCUCAUACAGUCGUCGGCGUUGCCUUCGGCUAGCAUAUCGUGGCGAUUGAGACUUUGUGGAUUGUUUCUCGUGUUUCCAGAGCCGGAUGUGGUGUGGUGUGUUAGUGAAUUAGGAGAACGUUGGAGAGAUGGAGGCUUUCAGAUCUGCUAUUUUUAUCAUCUUCUCAAUCUGUAACUGGGGCUUCCUGGCCUUCCUAGCUCCGAAAUUGUCGCCGCCGGUCGCUAACUUGGUUGCUAUCGCUGAAGCAGAAGAUCCGGUCAACGAUUCAUGGCAGCGUCAUUGAUCUGGUUUUCUUUGAUGGAUUCAAUCCAAGCCUUCCUCUGUGCUUAUAUCGUGUGAAUUAGGAGUUUGCAGAUUUGUAAUCUUGUUAUGUUUGAGAUCCUGAUCUUCUGGUUAUAUGUUGGAAUAUUUAUGGCGGUAGCCAUAGAAUUUAUCAACUUUAUUUUGUAUAUAUAAGAACAAUUUAUAGGAAUCAUAAUUUAUGAGAAGGAAAAAAGUAAUUUAGUUAAAAUAUUUCCAA